CUCAUUCAAUUGUUAAUCAACAAGUUAACUCAUUUCAUUGUAAUUUACCAACAAUCAACUUGUUUGCUCCUAUUUAGUUAACAAUUGAUCAUAACGAUAACAAUUUUUCUUAACAAAACAUUGAUUCAACAUCCGUUACAAAGCAACGUCUUUUUUGCAUCCAAAUUUGAAAAAAUAUUUUACCAACUUGUUCGUCACCAGUUCAAAACCUUAUCUGAUUACCUUUGAGUCAAAGUUUUGUCUAUGCGUUUGAUAUUUUGUUAAACAUACUAAUGACCAGCUUACAUCAUCAAGAUAACCAAAAAACCCAAACCUAAACCCAGCUAAAUAAAAAACCAACCCAAAGGUACAAACCAUUUUUUGUAUCAAGUCAAUUUUUUCGACUCUUUUACCCAAAAAUCCUUGAUGCUAUCAAUUAACCAAUUCCUUAUUUUUGUCUAGCAGCUGUAAUAUCAUUUUUUUGAUAAUUGUGUGAAGAGUAAACGCAACAAAAAGUUAAAAUGAGUGAUUCAAAGGCAACAAAAGACUUUGUCAAAAAUUCAUCUGACGCUUCGCUCAUUAGAUCAGAAGUUGACUAUGAAAUUGAUGAAAGUAUAAUCGAUGCUAAAUCACCUUUGUCCUCAACACCAUCAAUACUAGCAACUACAACUAUAACCUCUCAACCACCCAAUGGUUAUCCAAAAGGUUUUAUCCCUCUAUCAACACCACCAACCGCAACAUUGCUCGAGACUUUAUUGCCAACAACUCCACCAUCAUUAACACCAUCAUUAUCCUUAUCAAGUCACCAACCACAGUCACCAUUACAAUCGCAAUCGACUUCUUCCUUCCUUGUUUCCAAUUCAAGUGACCACCAUCCAUAUUAUCAUCAUUUAAAUCACACUCAAUAUUCACCUAACCCUCAAGAAUUAUCUCAUCACCAUUCUAACAAAUUUUUCCGGAAGCUUUUCAGUUCUUCAACACCGAAACGUCACCGUCAACGAAUUGUCCUGAAAAAUGGUGGAAUCAAUCUGUGCAAGGAACACAUUGAGAAGCGAUCUCAACGUUAUCUUCAAGAUACAUUUACCACAAUGGUUGAUCUUCGCUGGCGUUACAAUCUACUUGUAUUUACCCUUGGAUUUGUCCUUUCGUGGCUUCUUUUUGCCUCUAUUUGGUACAUUGUUGCCUAUUUUCAUGAUGACCUAGGUGACGAUGUGCCUCAUGAACGCUGUGUUAUUGGAGUAAACUCAUUUAUAACAGCUUUCCUCUUCUCCUUUGAAUCCCAACACACUAUUGGUUUUGGAAACAGGUAUCCUCAUGAAAAUUGCGUUGAAGGAAUAUUUUUCAUGUGCUUUCAAUCUAUUUUUGGUGUAAUGAUUGAAUGUUUUGUAGUUGGCUUUGUAUUUGCCAAGCUUUCCCGACCAAAGAAAAGAUCACAAACAUUGAUCUUUAGUCGCCAUGCAGUUGUCAACGUUCGUGAUGGCUCUCUUUGCCUUGUAUUUCGUGUUGGUGAUGUUCGUGCCCGAUCCUACAUUAUUGGUGCCUCUGUUUCGGCCUUGUUAAUAUCUAAAAAGAUAUCUCCAGAGGGCGAAAUCUUACCCUACUAUCAUGAAUCAUUGAAAGUUUCAUUUGAUUCUUGUGGGACUUCAGUUUUUCUCGUUUGGCCAGCAACCAUAUAUCAUGUUAUUGAUGAGACUUCACCUUUUUACUCAAUGGGACCCGAAGCACUGGCUAACGGACAUUUCGAGAUUGUGGCCAUGUUAAGAGGGACUGUUGAAUCAACUGGACAAACAAUAGAGGCACGAACUUCAUACCUACCAGAAGAGAUCGAUUGGGGUCGAAGAUUUGAAAGGUUGAUUGACUUUCGAAUGCAAUCGGGUAUAUAUCGAGUUGAUUAUAGUAAAUUUGAUUCAACUUAUGAAAUAUCUACACCUAGGCUGUCAGCUGAAGAAUUAAGUCAACAAAAUCGACAUCAGCAACAGCAACAGCGACGACAAGAGCAACCAUAUUGUACUCAAGCAAAUCAAGUGCUGAAUCAACAUCAACGUUUAAGACGACCAGUUUCUUGGAAUCCUAUUGAAGAUCAUAAUAAGAAUAAAUUUGCUGAUUCUAAUGAUAGUUGAGUGAGCAUAAAGGAUAGAAACAAUUAUUCCGUUUCUUAUUGAUUUUGGUUUUGCAGAUUAACACUGAACAGCAGUGUUCAUCGAUUGGGUGUCGACGUUCAAUAUGAGAAAGGAAGAAACACAGAGACAGUAAAUAUUAGUUCAUUGUUGAGUGUGAGGAUAAACGAACAGCAAUUAAAUUAUAACAGAAAAUUGUCUCAUUGUUGUCGCCAUCUUAAGGCCACUAAUCAUCAUUAAACAUUUCAUAGUGACAAUGUCUUUAAUCAACCUUUAUAACAAGAAAAUGGUAAAAUUGAUUGCCAAUGAUGAUUCUCAUUAUUAACAUGACAGGAAAACUGUAAAUUAUAUCAAAUGAUUGGGAGGGUGAAUAGUUUAAGUGAUGAUGAAAAGAAGAUGCUGAUUAAGAAAUGAUAAGGAAGAGAAUUGAUUAUGAAGAUGAUUAUGAUGAUGAUCAAAGACGAUCCCAGAUGAUCUAAGAUGACGAGGGUAAGAAAACAAAAAAUGACCUGAAAUUCAGUGGCCUUGAAAGGGAUUGUUUUCUCUGUCAUUUUUCAACUCACAGUCAACAAAGGUUUUAACCAUUUAAACCAGAUUCAAUCCAUUAAUGUCUAAUCAUAAUAAUCAAUGAUAUUUCCGUUUCCUUAAACCAAUUAAACUCUAAUGCGUCUUAUUUUCUUCUUCUUAUAUGAUUAACUAUUAAAUGUGCAAUGAACAUAUGUAUUAAAUAGUUCAAUAAGUUUGUUGUCCUCUUACAAUUCACCAUUUAUAUAAUAAAAUUGUGUCUCAAAUUAUGUACACGAUUUGCAGUUACUGCUUACGGUCAUCUAGAAGAAUCUUUGUUUUCAGUAAUAUUCUGAUCUAUUCUUGACUGUUCAAUUCCUUGUAAAUAAUUGAUUUAUCUCCUUUAUCGAGUUUACUUCCGAUAUGAUCGCCUUUUCAGGAAGCGAAGAAUGUAAGGAGACAAGAUGUCAAGGAUAUAAGAUUCAAGUGUCCAGAACAGCUUUUGGUUGAUCCAUUAUCCAAGACAUUCGGAAACUGUCACAAUAUAGCGAGUGUUUUUGAUGGACAGAAUAUUUGAAUGGCCAUCUUAGAUCAUGAGGUAUGCCUUUUAAAAUAACAGGCAAAUGCUAAGCAUUAGUGGGCCACAUCGGUGAUAAUGUUGUUGAUACAAAUCGAUUUGCUUUUGAAUACAAAACACAAAAUUUUCAGCAAGUCCAAGACUAUUAGUACUUAAAAGCAAAUAGCCUGAGGUAAGACAAUAAAUAAUUUUCAAACUAAAAUUGACUUAUUAACUCGGUCCAAUCACAUGAAUAUCCUAGCAUUUCUUGGAAUAGCCUUUUAUUCAGUCUUAAGACUUUCAGUCUAGAAGUUCCAGUUCCUUUUGGCGUCGGCUUAGCAGCAAAGUCAAAACAAGUGAUCAAUUGGAUUAACUGGCGGUAUCUCAAGCCUGAUAAUAAAGACAAAGUGAAAGUUAAAAAUUAAAAGCUAAACGUAUUUUUUGAAUUAAGUAAAAAUUUACACAAAUAAAAUAC